GGCGGGGCGGGCGAGGCCGCGGCUGCCUGCGCGGCGUAGCCCCGGGGCUGCCGGUGCCGACCGCGCCAUUGUUGGGGGAGGGGGCGGCUGCUGAGCGCGGCGGAGUCGGGGGCGAGCGGCGGCGGCGAGGAGCCGAGGCGCCCCAUGGGGAACACGCUGACCUGUUGCGUGUCCUCGAACGCCAGCCCCAAGCCGGGCCGGGGCACGGGGUCGGCGGAUCCCGACUACGAGUCCGACGUGUACCAGGCGGCGGCCGGGGACGCGGUGGCAGUGGCGCCGGCGCCCGCUACCGUGGAGCCCGCCGAGUUGGAUUUCGGAGCCGGCGAGGGCCACCACCUGCAGCACAUCAGCGACCGGGAGAUGCCCGAAGAUUUAGCUUUGGAAUCAAACCCUUCUGACCAUCCAAGGGCAAGCACAAUUUUCCUGAGCAAAUCUCAAACGGAUGUGCGAGAAAAGAGGAAGAGCAACCAUUUAAACCAUGUAUCUCCAGGGCAGCUUACUAAAAAGUAUAGCUCAUGCUCAACAAUAUUUCUAGAUGACAGCACAGUCAGCCAACCUAAUCUUAGAACCACAAUAAAAUGUGUGACCUUAGCAAUAUAUUACCACAUAAAGAACAGAGAUGCAAAUAGAUCUUUGGAUAUUUUUGAUGAGAGAUCACAUCCACUCACACGAGAAAAGGUUCCGGAGGAAUACUUUAAGCAUGAUCCUGAACACAAAUUUAUUUACAGAUUUGUUCGUACUCUUUUCAGUGCUGCACAGCUAACAGCUGAAUGUGCAAUAGUAACUUUGGUUUACUUAGAAAGGCUUUUAACUUAUGCUGAGAUCGACAUUUGUCCCACUAACUGGAAAAGAAUUGUCUUGGGAGCCAUUCUUCUUGCCUCCAAGGUUUGGGACGAUCAGGCUGUAUGGAAUGUGGACUACUGCCAAAUCCUGAAGGACAUUACAGUUGAAGACAUGAAUGAGAUGGAAAGGCAUUUUUUGGAGCUACUUCAGUUUAAUAUUAAUGUUCCCUCCAGUGUUUAUGCCAAAUACUACUUUGACCUUCGCUCCUUAGCAGAUGACAACAACGUGAAUUUUCUGUUUGCUCCUCUUAGCAAAGAAAGAGCACAAAACCUAGAGGCCAUUUCCAGAUUGUGUGAUGACAAAUACAAAGACUGGUCUCGAGCUGCUAUGAGAAGGUCUUUCAGCGCUGAUAAUUUCAUUGGUAUUCAGCGCUCUAAUGCCAUCCUUUCUUAAGGGAGGUGUGGGAGGGGUUGGAACACCGUGAACCCCUCAUUCUACAAGGACUGGAGAAAUACCACCUCUCCUCCUCACAAACCAGCAAAGUUAAUAUUUUCAUCUAAAAGAAAGACCUCGAAUUCAAGACUCAUGGACCACAAGGAUUAUGCUCAUAGGAAAGAACGGGACUUUGUCAUUGCAACACUCUUUUGUCCUUUUUAAUGUAAACAGAGUUACAAAAACCACUCCAAAGCAAAAGCUCCAACCCACACACAGAUAUUUGCUUACUAUAUUGGUUGAUAGCUAUGAGCUGAGAGGUUUUUUCUUUUUUAAUUCAAAUUUUUAGACACUAACUAUAUGACUUUUUUGUUUUUCCUAUUUUUUUUCUUGCCCUCUCCCCCAAUAUUGCUGCAUAUUUCUUUAGAAUCAAUGCAGUAUUACCAUGAAAACAUGGGACUCCUAACAACUCAUAAAGCCACUUAGGAACAGACUGUAGCAUUGUUAGGUAUUGAAGGGUUCUUCCUCCCUAUUUUAUCAUUGAAGCUGCUAGUCAUUAUUGGCAAUCAGUUUAAACCAAAAAGCUGCUGAGUAACACUUGUCAUUCAGAUUCUUUGCAAGCACUACUUAUUAGCAUAUUAGUAUGUUGAGAACCAUAAAUGGAGAAAGUAUGUUAUCGAUUAUCUACUUCUGUUGGGUCCAUGCUGCAUUUCUUGUGAACUAUAAUGGUGCUUCUCAUUUUCUGGUGAUUUUCCAUUCUUAAAUACGUGUAUUAAAAGAUAUUUUCAUAAUUCCAGCCAACAUGGUGGUCCGGUGGUAACAAGCAGAUAGUGAAAAGGAGGUGUCCUGAAAAUCUUAGUGCAACUUUAAGCUUUAAUAUAGUGUGCUUGGGCCCUCCAGGGCACUGCUGAAGUAUAAAUGCUACCGACUUACAAAACACCAUUUCAAAGUGUGUAGUUAUGUCGUGUAAACUUACCUAGUUUUGUAAAUUUUAGAUACUAGACUUUUCCAUGAUCGCCCCUCUUGAAGAUGGCAAAUGCUGGCCCAGAACAAAAAAAUAGUUUUUCGUUUUAACUAUUUUUUUGUUCCUGGCCCCGGAACAAAAAAAUAGUUUUUCGUUUUAACUAUUUUUUUGUUCCUGGCCCCGGAACAAAAAAAUAGUUUUUAGUUUUAACUAUUUUUUUGUUCCUGGCCCCGGAACAAAAAAAUAGUUUUUCGUUUUAACUAUUUUUUUGUUCCAGCCAGCAUUUGCCAUCUUCCAAGAGGGGCGAUCAUCGAAAAGUCUAGUAUCUAAAAUUUACAAAGCUAGGUAAGUUUACAAGACAUAACUACACACUUUCAAACGGUGUUUUGUAAGUUGGUAGCAUUUAUACUUCCACAAGUAUCAAAGCUUAAAAUUGUACUAAGACUUGAGAGAUGCCUCGUACCCUCCCCUUUUUAAAAUAGUUCUUUGUAGGGGCUUUGCUGUUCACCUCUUUUGACCACCUGAGUUUCUUUUUUCUACAUUUGGUAAAACUUAUGAAGAGCCAUGGUAAUUCACAUGGAAUAAACUGAAAGGAACUGGACUCUUAAUAGUAGUGAUCUGAAAGUAGGUGAUCUGAAACAGUUCUUCGAGCCUACGGGUUAACCUGGCUGGAAGGGUCUCCUUUCCAGUCCUGUUUAAGAGGAACCCUCACCUCAGGCAAGGCAGGGAGUUAAGUAAUCAGUCUUCUAGGAGGUUGGUAAUGAUGUCACUUAAACUUGAAAUGUUAAAAAAAAAAAAAAAAAAAAAAAAAAAAGAUUAGUGUUCCUAACCAUGUGAAAUCUUUCUCCUGCCUUCUCAAAUGUAAUCUAGGAAUUUUGCCUGUAAACCUAGCAUGUCUGGGCCAGGGAUACCUUUUUUCAGUAUAGCAAGGCUUCGUAUUAUAUUGAGUGCUGCGGGUUCCAUCAUUUUUAAAGGACAGACACAUAAAUGAUAAGGUGUUAACCUGGCUGGAGGGGUCUCCUUUCCAGUCCUGCUGUUUUUAAGAGGAACCCUCACAAAAAAAGACAAAAAAAAAAAAAGACAAAAAAAAAAAAAAAAAAAGGAACCCUCACCUCAGGCUUUAAAGGGCAGGGACAGUCUUCUAGGAGAUUGGUUAAUGAUGUCACUUAAACUUGAAAUGUAAAAAAAAAAAAAUUAUUGUUCCUAACCAUGUGAAAUCUAUCUCCUGCCUUCUCAAAUGUAAUCUAGGAAUUUUGCCUGUAAACCUAGCAUGUCUGGGCCAGGGAUACCUUUUUUCAGUAUAGCAAGGCUUCGUAUUAUAUUGAUUGCUGCAGGUUCCAUCAUUUUUAAAGGGCAGACACAUAAAUGAUAAGAGGUUAACCUGGCUGGAGGGGUCUCCUUUCCAGUCCUGCUGUUUUUAAGAGGAACCCUCACAAAAAAAGACAAAAAAAAAAAAAAAAAAGAGGAACCCUCACCUCAGGCUUUAAAGGGCAGGGACUUAAGUAAUCAGUCUUCUAGGAGAUUGGUAAUGAUGUCACUUAAACUUGAAAUGUCAAAAAAAAAAUGUUCCUAACCAUGUGAAAUCUAUCUCCUGCCUUCUCAAAUGUAAUCUAGGAAUUUUGCCUGUAAACCUAGCAUGUCUGGGCCAGGGAUACCUUUUUUCAGUAUAGCAAGGCUUCGUAUUAUAUUGAUUGCUGCAGGUUCCAUCAUUUUUAAAGGGCAGACAUAAAUGAUAAGGGGUUAACCUGGCUGGAAGGGUCUCCUUUCCAGUCCUGUUUAAGAGGAACCCUCACCUCAGGCUUUAAAAGGGCAGGGAGUGAAGUAAUCAGUCUUCUAGGAGAUUGGUAAUGAUGUCACUUAAACUUGAAAUGUUAAAAAAAAAAAAUUAGUGUUCCUAACCAUGUGAAAUCUUUCUCCUGCCUUCUCCAAUGUAAUCUAGGAAUUUUGCCUGUAAACCUAGCAUGUCUGGGCCAGGGAUACCUUUUUUCAGUAUAGCAAGGCUUCGUAUUAUAUUGAUUGCUGCAGGUUCCAUCAUUUUUAAAGGGCAGACAUAAAUGAUAAGGGGUUAACCUGGCUGGAAGGGUCUCCUUUCCAGUCCUGUUUAAGAGGAACCCUCACCUCAGGCUUUAAAAGGGCAGGGAGUGAAGUAAUCAGUCUUCUAGGAGAUUGGUAAUGAUGUCACUUAAACUUGAAAUGUUAAAAAAAAAAAAAAAUUAGUGUUCCUAACCAUGUGAAAUCUUUCUCCUGCCUUCUCAAAUGUAAUCUAGGAAUUUUGCCUGUAAACCUAGCAUGUCUGGGCCAGGGAUACCUUUUUUCAGUAUAGCAAGGCUUCGUAUUAUAUUGAUUGCUGCAGGUUCCAUCAUUUUUAAAGGACAGACACAUAAAUGAUAAGGGGUUAACCUGGCUGGAGGGGUCUCUUUCCAGUCCUGUUUAAGAGGAACCCUCACCUCAGGCAAGGCAGGGAGUUAAGUAAUCAGUCUUCUAGGAGAUUGGUAAUGAUGUCACUUAAACUUGAAAUGUUAAAAAAAAAAAAAAGAUUAGUGUUCCUAACCAUGUGAAAUCUUUCUCCUGCCUUCUCAAAUGUAAUCUAGGAAUUUUGCCUGUAAAGCUCGCAUGUCUGGGCCAGGGAUACUUUCUCUCAGUAUAGCAAGGCUUCGUAUUAUAUUGAGUGCUGCAGGUUCCAUCAUUUUUAAAGGACAGACACAUAAAUGAUACAUAACAGUAUAUCAAGUAUUACAAUCUACCACCUCAAAAAACAUUGUUUAUGGAGUUCGGAGCUUGGAGAGUUAAGUAUUGAUUGAUUGCAGUUUUAUUUUGAAAAGAAUGCUACAACUUAUGUGGUUUUUCUUCCUCAUGUUUAUAUUAAAAGCUAAUAAACUCUAUUUUAAUUAAAA